UGGGUGCCUUAGUCCGGAAGAAAUCGGUCAUGGCAGCCCAGAGAUAAUGAUUUAAUAUUGUUAUUUGGAUUUAGUACGCAUUUGUCUAUCACUUCUUCAGAAUUUGGAGAGUGUUAGAUACAUAUACUUAUAGGUUGUAAACAUGCCCGUAGAGUCCCUUAAGCAAGGAUGAAACUAGUCGUGUGGUGCUCUCACUCUAAAAAGUCUAUAUCUUUAUAAUGAUCUAUUAAUAGUUUGGAAGUUUGUCUUAUAAACUUUUAAACAUUUUUAGUUCAUGUAGGAGAAGUAUUCCAUAUACUAUCUACAAUCAUAUGCAAUUUAUUAAGUAAUUGAUAAGUAUUAACUUUAGCACUUAUCGAAACACGUGUCUUACCAGCUAUUAUGAUUGAUUUUACUUAUUUAAAUCAUACACACCCAUAUAUUGGAGAAUCUCCUUUUACUACUUAUUGGAAGUUUUACUUUAAAACUUUUAUGAUAAGUGGAUUACAUAUGAUUAUUAUUAGUUUGAAAGUCUUCUACUUGUACUUUUAGCUAUAAUAAUUCAUAGUAGGAGAGUUAUACUUAUAGUUUAACAUCUUCUUCAAUCAUAAGCAAUUGAUAAGUUUAAAUCUUAGCGCUUAUCGAAACGCGUCUUGCUAGCUAUUGAUUGAGUUCAUUUCAAUCAUUCUACAUACACACCCACACCCACACCCACACCCUCAAGAUAGUUUGAACGUAGAAAUAAAAUAACCACUAUAUUCAACCUAUUUUAAUAGGAAGCGAAUUAUCCACAGCGAAAUUUUUAUCCGACAAACCGUUGACGAAAGAAGAAAAAGACUACUAUGAAGAAUGUAAAGAAUAUUACCAUCUCACCAACCAACCAUUGAUAACAGUUACUGAUGAAGUUUGGGAUAAUAGUAGUAAAAUACCAUCAUCAUCGAUAAAAAUCGGAAUUGAUGUAGAUCAUAAGAAAUUUUAUUUGCGACGUUUCUUACAUCAAUUCUGUGCUUUAAUAGGUUUAAGCAUUAGUGAUAUAGUAAUGAAGCGAAUACAAGUAGGUUCAGUUAUAAUGGAAGUAGAAAUCUUCAAUAAAUUUGAAGGAAAUGAUAAGAAAAUACAUUUAAAAAUGAUGGGUCAUAAAAUCACAGACAAACUUAAAGAACCGUUUGGUAUAAUGAAAAUCUUUCUCAUGCUUAUGGGUCUGAUAAAAUUAUUCUUUAAAAUGCAAAAACGUCGUGCAGAAAUUAAGUUAAAUCCAAGUUAUAAUCGUGUCUAUGCCCAUGGACAUAAUUAUUGGGAGGGUCCUAUUAAUGAUGGAAUAGAUCGUGGAAAUAAACCAUAUUAUUGUCCUGUUGGAUGGCAAAGAUGGUCAUUUUAUGUUACUGAUAACUUUGAUCAAAAAUUCAAAGGAUGGUGCAUCGGUUAUCAUGCACAAAAGAUUAAGGCACAUGGUGCUGGAAUAUAUGCUACUCCAUUGAUUAAUUAUGCUGCUCAUCCAAGAUAUUCUGAAGUUAAAUUAGUUGAAUCAUCCACUAGAAAAAAAAUUUUCAAAGCGGAUAAAUACGUACAAUUUGUAUUAGAAUGUCGUGCUCACCCAAGUAAUAUUAUCAAAGUAGAUCAAGAAACACUAGGUGCUGUUAAUACAACUAUAGAUCCGAAUAUAAACAAUGCUAAUAUCGAAUGGGUUAUUUAUCCUCAUGGUAAAUCUAUCGUUGACUUUAACGAUCCAGACUCUUCGAUUGUCUGCACAGGAAUAUUAACACGUAUUACGGAUGAACAUCUCGGCUUAUUACCUGAAUCAGAAUGGUGGUAUAAGUCACAUGUAUGUCCUCGCAAAUAA